GAGAUCUUCCCUCUCUCCCCUCCCCUGCCGGCUCCUCCUCGGGACACUUGGCUGAGUCUUUCUUUCUCUCCUUCCCACGCUGAGGUGAGGCGGCACGCAAGCCCGGGACGCCUGUUUCUCUCUUCGCGCGGAGGGAACUCUGCGGUGAAUGGUAGUGUCUAGAAAGGGUAUGUCCCUUCAAGAGAGAGGUGCCAAUGUCCAACCGGCCUAAUAACAAUCCAGGGGGGUCACUGCGACGUUCACAGAGGAACACUGCCGGGGCCCAACCACAAGACGACUCGAUAGGAGGAAGGUCACAUUUAGGGCAGGCAAAACAUAAGGGAUAUAGCCCUCCUGAGAGUAGAAAAUCUAAUUCUAAGGCACCCAAAGUGCAGUCUAAUACUACUUCUGAACUGUCAAGGGGACACCUUUCUAAAAGAAGCUGCAGUUCAUCAUCUGCUGUUAUAGUUCCACAACCAGAGGAUCCAGACAGAGCCAAUACUUCAGAAAGGCAAAAAACGGGGCAGGUGCCUAAGAAAGACAAUUCUCGAGGAGUGAAACGCAGUGCUAGUCCAGACUACAACAGGACCAACUCUCCCAGCUCUGCCAAAAAACCAAAAGCACUUCAGCGUACUGAAUCCCCGUCAGAAACGAAUAAGCCACAUAGUAAGUCAAAGAAGAGGCAUUUAGAUCAGGAGCAACAAUUGAAAUCUGCACACUCGCCGUCAACAAGUAAGGCUCAUACCAGAAAGAGUGGGGCCGCUGGCAGUUCACGGAGUCAGAAACGAAAGAGGACAGAGAGUACUUGUAUAAAGAGUGGUUCUGUGUCUGAGUCAACUGGUGCCGAAGAGCGAUCUGCAAAACCCACCAAGCUGGCUUCAAAAUCCGCCGCCUCGGCCAAGGCUGGGUGCAGCACCAUCACUGAUUCUUCCUCUGCCGCCUCUACUUCCUCCUCAUCUUCCGCUGUUGCCUCGGCCUCCUCUGCCGUACCACCAGGGGCCAGGGUGAAACAAGGAAAAGACCAGAACAAGGCCAGGCGGUCCCGUUCAGCAUCCAGUCCCAGUCCCAGAAGAAGUAGCAGGGAAAAGGAACAGAGUAAAACUGGUGGCUCGUCAAAAUUCGAUUGGGCUGCUCGUUUCAGCCCUAAAGUUAGCCUUCCUAAAACCAAACUGUCUCUUCCAGGGUCUUCUAAGUCAGAGACAUCAAAACCUGGCCCUUCUGGAUUACAGGCCAAAUUAGCAAGUUUAAGAAAAUCUACCAAGAAGCGCAGUGAAUCCCCACCUGCUGAGCUCCCCAGUUUGAGGCGGAGCACACGCCAAAAGACCACGGGCUCCUGUGCUAGUGCCAGAGUGUGUCACAAAACAGUGGUGGAGGCAGAGGAUUUCGGUGUUCUUUUCCCCUACCCUCCCUCAGUCGAGCUAAAAGGGUUUAGCUCUUCUUUUGUUUCCCCUCUAAGUCGGCGAGGCUCUGGCCUGGGCAAAAGAGGAGCAGCUGAAGCUCGUCGGCAGGAGAAAAUGGCGGACCCUGAAAGCAACCAGGAGACCGUCAAUUCUUCAGCUGCGCGGACAGAUGAAACCCCCCAGGGAGCUGCAGCUUCUAGUUCUGUUGCAGGGGCUGUGGGCAUGACCACCUCUGGGGAGAGUGAAUCCGAUGAUUCCGAGAUGGGACGAUUACAAGCUUUGUUAGAGGCCAGAGGUCUUCCCCCUCAUCUCUUUGGCCCUCUUGGUCCUCGGAUGUCACAGCUUUUCCAUAGAACAAUUGGAAGCGGAGCUAGCUCUAAGGCCCAGCAGCUUCUGCAAGGACUGCAAGCAAGUGAUGAAAGCCAGCAACUCCAGGCGGUUAUCGAAAUGUGUCAGUUAUUGGUCAUGGGAAAUGAGGAGACGCUGGGAGGGUUUCCUGUCAAGAGUGUCGUUCCUGCUUUGAUAACAUUACUGCAGAUGGAACAUAAUUUCGAUAUUAUGAACCAUGCUUGUCGAGCCUUAACAUACAUGAUGGAAGCACUUCCUCGAUCAUCUGCUGUUGUAGUAGAUGCAAUUCCCGUCUUCUUAGAAAAGCUGCAGGUCAUUCAGUGUAUUGAUGUGGCAGAGCAGGCCUUGACCGCCUUAGAGAUGUUGUCACGCAGACACAGUAAAGCCAUUCUACAGGCGGGUGGUUUGGCAGACUGCUUGCUGUAUCUAGAGUUCUUCAGCAUAAAUGCCCAAAGAAAUGCACUAGCAAUUGCAGCCAAUUGCUGCCAGAGUAUCACGCCAGAUGAAUUUCAUUUUGUGGCAGAUUCCCUCCCAUUGCUUACCCAAAGGCUAACCCAUCAGGACAAAAAGUCGGUUGAAAGCACUUGCCUUUGUUUUGCACGUCUAGUGGACAACUUCCAACAUGAGGAGAAUUUACUCCAGCAGGUUGCCUCCAAAGAUCUGCUUACAAAUGUUCAACAGCUACUGGUAGUGACCCCACCAAUUUUAAGUUCUGGGAUGUUUAUCAUGGUGGUUCGCAUGUUUUCUCUGAUGUGUUCCAACUGUCCGACUUUAGCUGUUCAACUUAUGAAGCAAAAUAUUGCAGAAACUCUUCACUUCCUCCUAUGUGGUGCCUCUAACGGAAGUUGUCAGGAACAGAUUGAUCUUGUUCCACGAAGCCCUCAAGAACUGUAUGAGCUGACAUCUCUGAUUUGCGAACUUAUGCCAUGUUUACCAAAAGAAGGCAUUUUUGCAGUUGAUACCAUGCUGAAGAAGGGAAAUGCGCAGAACACGGAUGGUGCGAUAUGGCAGUGGCGUGACGACCGUGGCCUUUGGCAUCCCUAUAACAGGAUUGACAGCCGGAUCAUUGAGGUAGCAGCCCAUCAGGUCGGUGAGGAUGAGAUAAGCUUGUCCACUCUGGGACGAGUUUAUACUAUUGAUUUUAAUUCUAUGCAGCAAAUCAAUGAGGACACGGGAACAGCACGUGCCAUUCAGAGAAAACCUAACCCCUUAGCCAAUACUAACACUAGCGGAUAUUCAGAGUUAAAGAAGGAUGAUGCUCGAGCACAGCUUAUGAAAGAGGAUCCGGAACUGGCUAAGUCUUUUAUUAAGACAUUAUUUGGUGUUCUUUAUGAAGUGUAUAGUUCCUCGGCAGGACCUGCGGUCAGACAUAAGUGCCUUAGAGCAAUUCUUAGGAUAAUUUAUUUUGCGGAUGCUGAACUUCUGAAGGAUGUCCUGAAAAAUCAUGCUGUUUCAAGUCACAUUGCUUCCAUGCUGUCAAGCCAAGACCUGAAGAUAGUAGUUGGAGCACUUCAGAUGGCCGAAAUCUUAAUGCAGAAGUUACCUGAUAUCUUUAGUGUUUACUUCAGAAGAGAAGGUGUAAUGCAUCAAGUAAAACACCUAGCUGAAUCAGAGUCUUUGUUGACAAGUCCACCAAAGGCAUGUACAAAUGGGUCAGGAUCCUUGGGGUCCACGACGUCAGUCAGCAGUGGAACAGCCACAGCUGCCACUAAUGCUGUGGCUGACGUGGGAUCCCCCAGCUUGCAGCACAGCAGAGAUGAUUCUUUAGAUCUGAGCCCUCAAGGUCGAUUAAGUGAUGUUCUAAAGAGAAAGCGACUGCCAAAACGAGGGCCAAGAAGGCCAAAGUAUUCACCUCCAAGAGAUGAUGACAAAGUAGACAAUCAAGCUAAAAGCCCCACCACUACUCAGUCACCUAAAUCUUCUUUCCUGGCGAGCCUGAAUCCAAAAACGUGGGGAAGGUUAAGCGCACAGUCCAACAGCAACAACAUUGAACCGGCGCGAACGGCAGGAGUCAGUGGUCUUGCCAGGGCCGCCUCAAAGGACACCAUCUCCAAUAACAGAGAAAAAAUUAAAGGUUGGAUUAAGGAACAGGCGCAUAAAUUUGUAGAACGUUACUUCAGUUCUGAGAACAUGGAUGGAAGCAACCCUGCACUGAAUGUCCUCCAGAGACUUUGUGCUGCGACCGAACAACUCAACCUCCAGGUGGAUGGUGGAGCUGAGUGCCUUGUAGAAAUCCGUAGCAUAGUCUCAGAGUCAGACGUUUCAUCAUUUGAAAUCCAGCAUAGUGGAUUCGUGAAGCAGCUGUUGCUUUAUUUGACAUCUAAAAGUGAAAAGGAUGCUGUGAGCAGAGAGAUCAGAUUAAAGAGAUUCCUUCAUGUAUUCUUUUCUUCACCACUUCCUGGAGAAGAGCCCAUUGGAAGAGUAGAGCCAGUGGGUAAUGCACCUUUGUUGGCAUUGGUUCACAAGAUGAACAACUGCCUCAGCCAGAUGGAACAAUUUCCAGUCAAAGUACAUGACUUUCCCAGUGGAAAUGGGACAGGAGGCAGCUUUUCUCUCAACAGAGGAUCACAGGCUUUAAAAUUUUUCAACACCCAUCAGUUAAAAUGCCAGUUACAAAGACAUCCAGACUGUGCAAAUGUGAAACAGUGGAAGGGCGGCCCUGUCAAGAUUGACCCCCUGGCUUUGGUACAAGCUAUCGAGAGAUACCUUGUAGUUAGAGGGUAUGGAAGAGUAAGAGAAGAUGAUGAAGACAGUGAUGAUGAUGGCUCUGACGAGGAAAUAGACGAGUCUCUGGCUGCUCAGUUCUUAAAUUCAGGAAAUGUAAGACACAGGCUACAGUUUUACAUUGGAGAACACUUGCUCCCAUAUAACAUGACUGUGUAUCAGGCAGUCCGGCAGUUCAGUAUUCAGGCUGAAGAUGAAAGGGAGUCCACGGACGAUGAGAGCAAUCCUCUGGGAAGAGCUGGUAUUUGGACAAAGACUCAUACAAUAUGGUACAAACCCGUGAGAGAGGAUGAAGAAAGUAAUAAAGAUUGUGUUGGUGGUAAAAGAGGAAGAGCCCAAACAGCUCCAACAAAAACAUCCCCUAGAAAUGCAAAAAAGCAUGAUGAGUUAUGGCACGAUGGAGUGUGCCCAUCGGUGUCGAAUCCUUUAGAAGUUUACCUCAUAUCCACGCCACCUGAAAAUAUAACUUUUGAAGACCCAUCGUUAGAUGUGAUUCUUCUUUUAAGAGUUUUACACGCCAUCAGUCGAUACUGGUAUUACUUGUAUGAUAAUGCAAUGUGCAAGGAAAUUAUUCCAACUAGUGAAUUUAUUAACAGUAAGUUGACAGCAAAAGCAAAUAGGCAGCUUCAGGAUCCUCUAGUGAUCAUGACAGGAAACAUCCCAACGUGGCUGACUGAGCUAGGAAAAACCUGCCCAUUUUUCUUCCCUUUUGAUACCCGACAAAUGCUUUUUUAUGUAACUGCAUUUGAUCGGGAUCGAGCAAUGCAAAGAUUACUUGAUACCAACCCAGAGAUCAACCAGUCUGAUUCUCAAGAUAGCAGAGUUGCACCUAGAUUGGAUAGAAAAAAACGUACUGUGAACAGAGAGGAGCUGCUGAAACAGGCCGAGUCUGUGAUGCAGGAUCUGGGGAGCUCCCGGGCCAUGUUAGAAAUCCAGUAUGAAAAUGAGGUUGGUACAGGUCUUGGGCCUACACUGGAGUUUUAUGCACUUGUAUCUCAGGAACUACAGAGAGCUGACUUGGGUCUCUGGAGAGGUGAAGAGGUGACUCUCAGCAAUCCAAAAGGAAGCCAAGAAGGGACCAAGUAUAUUCAAAACCUCCAGGGCCUGUUUGCGCUUCCCUUUGGUAGGACGGCUAAGCCCGCUCAUAUCGCAAAGGUUAAGAUGAAGUUUCGCUUCUUAGGCAAAUUAAUGGCCAAGGCUAUCAUGGAUUUCAGAUUGGUGGACCUUCCCCUUGGCUUACCCUUUUAUAAGUGGAUGCUACGGCAAGAAACUUCACUGACAUCGCACGAUUUGUUUGACAUCGACCCAGUUGUAGCCAGAUCAGUGUACCACCUAGAAGACAUUGUCAGACAGAAGAAAAGACUUGAACAAGAUAAAUCCCAGACCAAAGAGAGUCUACAAUAUGCAUUAGAAACCCUGACUAUGAACGGCUGCUCAGUUGAAGAUCUAGGAUUGGAUUUCACUCUGCCAGGGUUUCCCAACAUCGAACUGAAGAAAGGAGGAAAGGAUAUACCAGUCACUAUCCACAAUUUAGAAGAAUAUCUAAGACUGGUUAUAUUCUGGGCACUAAAUGAAGGCGUUUCUAGGCAAUUCGAUUCCUUCAGAGAUGGAUUUGAAUCUGUCUUCCCACUCAGUCAUCUCCAGUACUUCUAUCCGGAAGAACUGGACCAGCUCUUGUGCGGCAGUAAAGCAGAUACUUGGGAUGCAAAGACACUGAUGGAGUGCUGCAGGCCAGACCACGGUUACACUCAUGACAGUCGGGCCGUGAAGUUCCUGUUUGAGAUUCUCAGUAGUUUUGAUAACGAGCAGCAGAGGUUAUUUCUCCAGUUCGUGACCGGUAGCCCGAGACUGCCUGUUGGAGGCUUCCGGAGUUUGAAUCCACCUUUGACAAUUGUCCGGAAGACAUUCGAAUCGACAGAAAACCCGGAUGACUUCCUGCCCUCUGUAAUGACUUGUGUGAACUAUCUUAAGUUGCCGGACUACUCGAGCAUUGAGAUCAUGCGUGAGAAACUGUUGAUCGCGGCCAGAGAAGGACAGCAGUCGUUCCAUCUUUCUUGAUCACAGCAAGAAAUGCGGGGUCUGCCUGUUACAGCAAAAGAAAAAAAAAUCAUGAUUUCUUUUCUAAAUGUAUCACCUGAGUCAAGGAAACAUGUUACGCCUUCUUGUUGUAGGAAAAUGGCUUGCAGAUUAUACAAGAGACACUUGGUUGAUAGUCAUUCAUGGCCCCAUGGACUUAAAGUGAUCAGGCCCUAAAACGUUGUUGUGAUGAGGUUUCUUUAGCAAGUUCUUGUUUAAAUUAUCAUUUAUUUGAUGAGUGAAGUUUUUAACUUGCUUUGCUGUGUGAAAUUUAAAAAAAAAAAAGGGAUGUUUUUUCCAGGCUGAAACAAUAAAUGUCGCUGUGCAGUUUAA